AUGGCAACUUCGCCGCCAUACGAGGAUGCUAACAAUGGUGAUCUCGUAAUACGAACCUCCGACGGGGGCGAAUACCACAUACACAAAUUUCUCAUCGCCCACAUCUCCUUCGUUUUCGCAGACAUGUUAUCCGUACCCCAACCCCAUGACAGCUCCAUGGGCAAACCCGUUGUAGACGUCACGGAACUGAGGUCCGUAUGGCGUCGUAUCCUUAACCUAUGCUACCAUUACGAGUCCGACGUCGGCGAACCCCUUGCCAUCGUCCACAUCCGCGACCUUCUCGAAGCAGGGAAGAAGUACCAUAUGCAGGUAGUGACAAGCCACAUGCGCCGUACCCUCCUUUCCCCGGCGAUCCUCGAGACGCACGCUUUGAGCGUGUACGCGCUGGCCUGCGCCUACCGUCUAGAAGACGUCGCACAGUAG